GCAGAUCAUCAGAUAUGGCUGACUACAGCAGCGUGGCUCCUCCGUCCUCUAACUCCGGUGCUGGCAUGAACGACGCUUUUAAAGAUGCUCUACAGAGAGCACGGCAGGUAAGAACAUCAUUUGAUCAAAUCGCAGCGAAGAUCGGCGGUGAUGUUGUUUCAGCUCCCCAGACGAACGACUUUGGCUACGGAGGCCAGAAAAGGCCCCUGGAGGACGCUGGUGGGUAUUUUCCCAUGCCUAACCUAAAUAUCGACCAACCAGAGACGAAGAAAGUGGCUACAAACGACGCCUUUUCAGGAAUGGGAGGAAUGGGUGGUCCCCCAAGGUCAUUAUCAGAGGAAUUCAAGGUCCCAGAUGGCAUGGUUGGAUUCAUUAUUGGAAGAGGAGGCGAACAAAUCUCUCGCCUGCAGCAAGAGUCUGGAUGUAAGAUACAGAUUGCAUCGGACAGUGGAGGUAUGCCUGAUAGGUCGGUGACACUGACCGGAGGACCAGAAUCCAUCCAGGCUGCCAAGAGGCUACUCACAGAGAUCGUUGAAAAGGGCCGUCCAGCUCCUGCAUUCAACCACAACGACGGCCCCGGAACAACAGUCCAGGAGAUCAUGAUCCCUGCCACUAAAGCUGGACUCGUGAUUGGGAAGGGAGGAGAAACCAUCAAAGGACUUCAGGAAAGAGCUGGCGUGAAGAUGGUCAUGAUCCAAGAUGGACCCCAAAACACAGGUGCUGACAAGCCACUCCGUAUUUCAGGAGAACCCUUUAAAGUUCAGCAAGCCAAAGAGAUGGUGAUGGAGCUGAUCAGGGAUCAAGGCUUCAGGGAGCAGAGGGGAGAGUACGGUUCACGAGUCGGAGGCGGCAGUAAUAAUGGAGACAGCUUAGAUGUUCCCGUCCCCCGGUUUGCAGUGGGGAUUGUUAUUGGCAGAAAUGGAGAGAUGAUCAAGAAAAUACAGAACGACACAGGCGUCAGAAUUCAGUUCAAACCAGAUGACGGUACCCCCCCUGAGAGGAUAGCACAGAUCAUGGGCCCCCCGGACCAGGCACAGCACGCAGCAGAAAUCAUUUCCGACCUGCUCAGGAGUGUUCAGGCUGGUGGGCCCCCAGGACACGGCGGGGGUAGAGGGCGUGGUCGCGGGCAGGGGAACUGGAACAUGGGCCCCCCUGGUGGCCUGCAGGAAUUUACCUUCACUGUUCCAACCAUGAAGACCGGCCUCAUCAUUGGAAAAGGCGGCGAGACGAUAAAGGGCAUCAGCCAGCAGUCUGGAGCCAGGAUCGAGCUGCAGAGGAACCCUCCCCCCAACGCCGACCCCAACAUCAAAAUGUUCACAGUGCGGGGCUCCCCUCAACAGAUCGACUACGCCAGGCAGCUAGUUGAGGAGAAAAUUGGGGGUCCCGUCACUCCAAUGGGUGGCCCACAUGGCCCCCCCGGUCCCCAUGGAGGUCCAGGCCCACACGGUCCUCCUGGACCACCUGGACCCCCCGGGGCUCCCAUGGGUCCAUACAACGCUGGGCCAUACAACCAGGGCCCCCCAGGACCACAUGGCCCGCCAGCGCCUUACCAGCCUCAGGGGUGGGGCAACGGAUACCCUCACUGGCAACAAGGACAGCCGGAUCCAAGUGAGUGUCUACAGGAUAAAGCAGCAGCCGACGCCAACGCAGCAGCGUGGGCAGCUUACUACGCUCAGUACAGCCAGCAGCCGCAGGCCCCCAUGACCCCAACGAGUGGAGCUCCUGGGACAUCUCAAUCUAACGGCCAAGGUGACCCACCGCCUGCAGGGCAGAGUGGACAGGCAGAUUACUCCAAGGCCUGGGAGGAAUAUUACAAGAAAAUGGGUCAACAGAGUCAACAACCUCAGGACUACACGAAAGCCUGGGAGGAAUAUUACAAAAAACAAGGUCAAGCAGCCCCUCAGGCCACCGCUGCCGCAGCAGCUGCCUCUCAGCCUGGCGGUCAGCCCGACUACAGCGCCGCCUGGGCGGAGUACUACCGGCAGCAGGCCGCGUACUACGGCACAGCUAACCCUCAGUCGAUGGGAGCAGCACCACAAGCCCCUCAGGUACACCCCCGAUAAGAAUCUGCCCUCCACAUCACUGAAUAUUCAAUUUAGUGCUGUAACUGCCUUCCCCCCCUCAGGGUUCACAGGGCUCCGGUGACUCCCGCACCCUCACACACUUAACCAAAACGCCUUCCUCCCUAAACAGGUUUUAGAAGCUGACUCGCUAAUUCCGCUGUUAACAUGCAACGUAUCUUCUAUGUAUUUCUUCUGCACAGGGCCAGUAAUGUGAAGUGGACAUAAAGUAAAUGCUACAUUGUCGAAACAAAAUCCUUUGUUAAAUGUUUGGAUGCAGACGCCUUGAUGAAGAUCUUAAAUUUCCUUGGUUUGAAAGUGUUUCACAUAGAUGGCAGAUUUCCCGGCGAACACGUCCUUCUCCUUUUUUUUUUUUUUCCUUUUUUCUUGUAAAUGCUUUGUUUUUAGUGAGGUUAUUAUACAUAUGGUCAUUCCAGCCCUGUAUCUACAUUAAAUGUGGUUAGAACUCAUGUUUAUUAAGCUGUAGACAUUACCAUGUAAAUCAUCUCAGUUUUAAAAUGCUAUUUCCUGUUGUGUUUUUGCAAUAAAACAAACUGAAACCUCCUGUGUUGGUAAGUUGGGGUGGUUUUAAAGUAUAGGUGUUAAAGAGGAAUUUCUGUAUGUUGUUUUUACCGAGGGGGAGGGAGGUUUGAAACGCUAGCCAUGUGUGGGUUUUAUUGACUCAAAGUUGUGCUGUCCUGUCUCUCUCCAACUGUCUAUAAGGCUCUUAGAUACAUUAUGUGCGUGCAAUGAUCCCGAGUGGUUCUGACCAACAAACGUCCUCGUUGAUAGACAUUUAUUUUUUACACUUGUUUCUGAUUUUGCUCUGCAGUACAGAGAUGUUUUGUCAUGAGUCGUCAGGUAUCCAUGUAUCUUAUCUCAUGCAUUAACUGCGUUGCUAUGGCACUCCCUUUUUUUUAAUAAAUUCUGUCUGGUUUGCUGACAUUGUUGAGGUAGUAUGCACUGUUUUGAUAUAGACACUUCCUCCUCCACAGGCAAAUUUAGAAAAUCGGUAAGCAAGUAUUCUUCCUUAACAUGUUCCUCAGAAAACGUGGUUGCAAGAAAUGUUGCAUAUUUUUAGUGUUAUAUAUAUCUCUAUUUUUUUGUGCUGUUCUUCUUCCAGGACAGUCAGGUAAAUUGCCACUGUAUCAAAAAUGCAUUGAAACGUGUGUCUUGACCUUUUCAAAAUGCGAACUAACUCACAUGUAUGAAUUUGUUUUUUUUAAACAAAUGUUUUUUUAAUAUAAAAACAUUGCAAAAAAGUCGUUUUUGCUGUCCCCAUUCUGUUAGUGUUUAUCCAAUAUAAGAACAUAGAUGUUGUAGGGUCGGGGUGGCUAAGCAGUCUUCAUCCAUCAGUUGAGCCCUCCUAUACUGUAAGUACAAAACUGUGACUGACUUUUGAGAAGUAAACGCCUUUUUUGAUGCUUUCUGAACUGCAAAAAGAUGUAGUAUUUUUGUCCAAAUAUUGCCAUUUCCCCCCCCCCCCCCCCCAUGUCUCUGGGUAAGUAUGAAAUGUUCUGAGGAGAGGAAUAGAGCUUUAGUUUACCUCAUCUUUCUGAGACUCAUCUCCCCUUGUGACUCACAUUCAGACUUUGAAUCAUUCACAGUAUGUUGAUACUUGUAGAUUGCUGACUGUUUGUGUAGGUAGCAUUUUGUUGGAUUUCUGAACUGAGGGUUUGAAUGUCAGAUCUGUUACACUGAUGGUAGGAACUGUUUUUAAGGAUGUGGAUUUUUUUGCGUUUUGAUUACCUGACCUGCUAAGUGCCAUUUUCUAGUCGUCAUGUUUUCUUUAAAAUGCCAUUUAUUGCAAAAAUAUUUCAAAGAAAAGUCCCACUGCAUAACUCCAGUGUAGCAUGCUUAGGUUUUUAUUCCUGUUAUCUCCUAUAUCAGCAUGUGGAAUGCUAGUAGUGGAAGUGCUUCUGACUAGCCCAGUAUUGAUCUGACAUGCUCUGAAUAAGCACUGUUGUGAAAGGCUGUUUAAGCAUUGUUCACUGAUGGCAAACAGUGCAUUAUAUCUGAUCUUUGCAGUGUCGUCCCAGACCUUGCACCUUAGGUUCUGCUGCAAUAACACAGGUAAGCGAAACCUAAGGAAACCAGUGUUUUUGUCCAGUGACAUGACCAAUUUACAUGCAAAGAAAUGCUUACCUGUGAAUUUAACAUGCAUUUUAUGCCUAGUCGUAAACGAAAUGUCCUCUGAAGUAUGAACAGCCCUUUUUUUCUAAAAAGAUGAUCUGCUUUCAUGAAUGAACUGCAUGAUAUGAGCUGUAUGAUUUGUUGACUUUUGAAAAAGUGACUUUAUCCAGAAAAAGUUGUUGCCUAGGCUCACUGAGGAAAUGUUGUCUUUUUCGUAUGUGCUUAAUAUCUAUGAUAGCCUUGUCUUUGCAUCCCGGUAAGUCUUACAGCGACUGUUUCGAUGCUUCUAGACAUUGGUUUAUCAACACUGCAUGCCAUGUUGUCAGACGUUAGUUAGCAAUGUGCUCAACCUGUAGUUUAAAAGGAAAACGGUGAAAUACAUGCUUUUGAUUUUCUCUGUCGUGGUGUGAAUCUGCCCUCAAGUGCAGUGCAAAUCUCCUAUUGAAACGCUGCUGCCUUCACUUCUCGCUCACAGUGUUGGUCAUAGAUCAGGCCCUGUCGUAGUUUGUCCCCAAAAGGAGGGAUCCUUUUGAGUCAAUCCCCACUGCUGAACGUAGACCGUUCAAGAGCUCCAGUGAUAAGGUAAAACAGCAACGCAAUGAAAUUUAAAUUCUGUGAUUGCAAAGUGUUGGUCAGAUACAUGUCUUUCAGCUCGGAUAAUGUCUAUCUAAUAACCAUGAUUGCCAUAGUGUAUUUAGAGUUGUCUGAUGGUUUCUUAGCUUGAAUGCCUUCUUUAAUAACCUUUCAUAUAUAGGAAUGUGCUUUAGAAAGUUGGAUGAGGACAGGAAGUGAUGUACUUUAAAUCACAUGUUUUAUUGGCAGUAACAUUUGGGGGUCAUCUGUUUUGUUAAGAACCUACUCCUUAGUUUAAAGGGUCACUUACUGUCUGUCUACAUGUGAAAUGCUCAAGGGUUUCAACACAGUUCGGGGGGUUUAGAAGAAGCAAGAAGCAUGCCUUAGAGGUAAAACAAAGAUUUCAUGUGUUGUGUAUAUUAUCAAAAUAUAUUUGUUUGUUUUUUGAAUCGACUGUUCUGACUUUGAAAUAUUGCCAUGUUCAUUAAUAAAGUUGUAAGAAAUAA